CAUGAAUUAAGAAGACAUAUUUUUAAAAAAAUAGUGGUUCAUUAAGUCUUGUGAGGGAAAGAUUGAAUAAUAUUAUGAUAUAAAUCUUAAGAAGGUAAUUCUAUUUGUCAAUGAUAAAGGUAAUUGGGUCUGGAACAUAUGGAAGCGUUGUAAAGGCUGUAUUAAAGGGCACGAAAUAAUAACGUGCAGUUAAGGUGAUACCCAAGAGUAAGGUUAAGAAUCCAGAACGAUUUAAAAGGGAAAUUGAUAUACUUAGAGCAAUGGACCAUCCAAAUAUCAUAAAAUUGUAUGAAACUUAUGAAGAUUAAAGAAAUGUAUAUUUAGUGACAGAGUAAAAAUAUUCAUAAUGAAUUAGAUUAUGUGAGGGAGGUGAAUUAUUUGACAGAAUUAUGGAUAAAGGAUAUUUUAAUGAAGCUGAAGCUCAUGCUAUAUUUUUGCAAAUUAUUCAAGUAUAUAGAUUAGUAAAUUUAGGCAUUAAAUUAUUGCCAUUCAAAUGGUAUAUGUCAUAGAGAUUUGAAACCUGAGAACUUUUUAUUCUUAACUAAAGCAGAAGAUUCUCCACUUAAGGUUAUUGAUUUUGGUUUAAGCAUUUUAUUUGAAGAUGGUCAAUAAAAACCAGGUGCUUAAAAAGUAUCAAUGAAGACCAAAGCAGGAACUCCAUAUUAUAUAUCACCUGAAGUUCUAAAGGGUAAUUAUGAUGAACUAUGUGAUAUCUGGUCAGCUGGUGUUAUAUUAUAUAUUUUAUUAUCUGGAGUUCCUCCAUUUUAUGGGGAUACCGAUCCAGAAAUAUUAGAAUCUGUUUAAAAAGGAGUUUAUACAACUGAUAUUCCAGAAUUUAAAUUUGUUAGUGAUGCUGCAAAAGAUUUAAUUGCAAAUAUGAUUACAACACCUGAUAAAAGAUUUAAAGCUUCAUAAGUUUUAUAACAUAAAUGGAUGAAAGAAAAAAAUAAGCCAAACAAAGAAUUAAAAUUAAAUUAUGGAGCAUUAAAAAAUUUUACUGGAAGCAAUAAAUUAAAGAAAGUAGCUUUAACCUUUAUUGCCUCUUAAUUAAAUGAAUAAGAAAUUUCUCACUUAGGAAAGUAAUAUAUAUAUAUAAAAAUUAUAUAGAUUAUUUAAGCAAUUAGAUAAAAAUGGAGAUGGAGUAUUAACUAUAGAAGAAAUAAGAGAAGGUUUAAUAGGAAUGAGUGAUGAUUAAUCUAAAGAAUUAGCAAAUAUUAUUAAAAGUAUUGAUACUGAUGGAAAUGGAAAUAUUAAUUAUACAGGUAUUCUAUAAAUCUUUAAUUUAGAAUUUUUGGCUGCUACUAUGGAAAAAUAAUUGUACAUGAAAGAAGAAAAAUUAUAUCAGGCCUUUAAAAUGUUAGAUUUAGAUGGAAGUGGUAAAAUUGAUAAAAAAGAAUUAUAAUAAGUUCUUGGAAGUAAUUCUUUAUUAAUAAAUAAAUUUAGAGUCUGAAAAGAUAGUGAAUGAAAAAUAUUGGGAUGAUAUGAUUAAAGAGGCUGAUAAAAAUGGAGAUGGAGAAGUAUUAAUAUUUAAUUUAUUAUAGAUUGAUUACAAUGAAUUCAUUGAAAUGAUGGAUAGAUUCAGUUUAAUGAAUUGAC